CAAGUCUAUCAGUGUCUGCCGAUGGAUUAUCAGGCUCAGACAGCCACUCCCUGCAGGAAUGAAUGUACAUUCGUUGCAUAAAAACUGCACAGGAAGCAGUGCUGACCAUGACUCCAGUUGAAUCGUAGGAUGUGGCAGAAGAAUGGCAGUCGUGGUUUUAAUUUUUCCAUUUUUAUCGAUGGAAGGACCUGCGAACCAAAAGACAAGAAUGUGGAACCUGAUGUGACAGUUUUGGUCAAGACUUCCAGCCUUUUUGGAGUUUGACAGCAAUUUUCGCAUUGGUGUUUGUUUUUCAUUUGUCCCAUGAUUGAUUGGAUGUAUAGUAAGCCCUACAGCUGAGAGAUUUUAUUCCUCUCUGCUGCGUUGGGUCCCUUUUCUGGAAGCAAAGCAUGGAUCUGUCCCAGAACCGACUGUCAGACUGGAGCUCGGUUCAGCCCAGCUUCUCCCCGCUGCUACAGCAAGGCGGCUCUCAGGAUAAGCCCAACCACACCUACAGCCUGCACGGCGCUCUAAUGCUUCCCUCCACUCUUAGCUCCCCCACUGCCUCGCUCACUCAGCCAUUGCCCUCUCUGCUGCCCUCACCCCUCGUUCCGUACUCCUCCCUCAUCUCCUCCCCUCUGUUUUCCACCACCUCCUACUCCUCCUCAUCCUUUAUGCAGCCAUCCAACUCCUCAUUUCCUCUGUCCCUUUCCAACUUCUCCUUUAAUGACUUGUCAGACCUGGAGAGCAUGUUGCUAUGGACCCUCCAUGAGCCCAGCACCAUUGCUUUGACCAUCAUGUACUGUCUCUCUUUCAUUUUGGGCUUCAUUGGGAAUUUAAUGUCCUUGCGGGUCCUCACCAGCAGGCGUAGCCGACGGUUGGCCGGUGUCAGCGCUACACGCAGCCUCCUGGUGAACCUGGCGGUGUGUGACCUGGCUGUGGUGUGCGUGUGCAUGCCCAUUACCCUAGGAAACCAGAUCUACACCGCCUGGGUCUACGGUGACCUCCUGUGUCGUGCGGUGCCCUUUACGCAGGCCGUCUCGGUCUCAGCCAGUGUGCUAACGCUGACGGUGAUCAGCGUGAAUCGCUACUACAGCGUCCGGUCCCCUCUGCGAGCUCGCUCCAUGUUUACCCGCCGUCGGAUCUUGGCCACCGUCGCUGUGGUGUGGACGGUCUCCUCCAUGAUGUGUGCCCCUAUUGCAGUGAUAAACAGGCGGCGAGAGAUCAACUUUGAGACUUUCACCAUUUUGGUCUGUCAGGAGGAGUGGCCUCAGCCCCGCCUCAAACAAGGAUACAAUGUGCUGCUGUUUGUGAUGCUCUACUGUUUGCCAGUGACCUUUAACCUCACCAUAGGCUUCCUGACUGGCAGGCGCCUUUGGGGGGAGAAGAAAUCCACUUUCGCUGAUCUUGAUCCUCGCAGCCAAGCUCUGCAUGUCUCGCGACUAAAAACGCGGCAGAAGAUCGCCAAGAUGGUGGUGUGUCUGGUGCUGCUGUUUGCAGUGUCCUGGCUGCCGCUCUACUUGGCUGACCUUUGGAUUGACUGCGAACAAAGGCCAUCGUCUUGGCUCCUGCAGACACGGCCAUUUGCCCAGUGGCUCGGCCUGACAAACUCGAGCCUUAACCCCAUAUGUUACUGUUUCAUUGGGGAUCUGUACCGCUCAGCAAAAGUCAUACGGACCCGAUACUACCAGAAAGUUGCAGCUCUCUUCAGCACCUCCUCCUUCUCCAGCUCAGCUGCAGUGGGUUCUCCUUCUGUGGUGAUUACAGACAACAAAGUGACUUCUGCUGAACACCACCAUAUUGCUGCUGCCAUGGCUGCAUCUGCAUCAUUGGUUACAAUCCCUAGGCUGCUGAGCUUGGCUCGAGGCCAGGGAAUAGGGCAAAAGGUCAGAGACAGUUCAGACAGUCGAGCAGGAUCCGACCACAGUAUCUCAGACUGGUGUCAGUCCAGUCCCAGUGUGUGUGACAGCUCUUUGUUACCCUGCCACCUCCACACACUCCAACGCUCCAUACAAAGAGCGGACUUCCUGCCAACGAGGAGACACUCUCUGAAUGAGAAUCCCGGAUCAUUACCUUUAAGAAUCGAGACUGUGGAAAUAGACAUGCUUUCUCUGAGAAGGCAUUCGGGAGACACAAUAUAUGGUCUGUCAGAUGAUAAGAGAGACAUCAUUACUAUGGGCAGUGAUGCUUUCUGUUACAUAGGACAGCACAGAAGCAUGGCAUCGCAAACCUACUCUCUGGCAGGAGUCACAGAGAAUGAAACCAGCGAUAUGACAAGCCUAUGAAAGCCACGGAUUAUCUGAAGUAUCAGUAUGAAGGAAUUUCCUCUUUUUGUCUCACGGGCAGUAAAAACACACACAGCUCUUGAUCCACAGUUUGCAGUUGAUGUGGAUUAAUCCCUCACAAAAGCUAUUGUUUGUACUGAGGAUAAGCUGACCUGUUCCACACUCUCCUUCUUUCUGUGAGCAUUAGUCUCUCUGUAACAUCUAAUAUGACACAUGGGACCCAGGACCAUGGUUUCCAUUGAAGCUUUCAGGCUUUGGAAGGCAGGUGGUGGGAGCAGUGAUGAAGUGAACCCUGCAGGGUAACAGUCGGAGUGUUAUUUAGGACUGGCUUGGACUCUAGUUAUCAGUAAGAGGAAUAGAUUGCAACAGUGUGCCAUUAUAUGCAAGUAAUAUCAUAGCUGCAGCUGUUUAGCAUCUGUUUAAGAGAACAACCCAGCAGGGUUGUGAAUUGUGAAGAGAUUUUGUGUAGAUUGUCGUUAUUACCUAUUGCUUUGCUAAUGGUUUUGAUCGUACUUGUAGCUCAAGGAAAAGCUCAAACACUGUGUCGCAAUGCAAUGUGAGAACAUUGUAUGUCACACACAGACUGUAUGAGAAUUUCUGAGUUUCUUUUAUGUGCUAACAUAGACAAGGAGCUCCAACAAUGGCUUUAUAUUUUAAUACAGUCCCUCUCUAAAUAGACUAAAUACAAAAUAUAAACAUCAACCGUGUCAAUUUAGCAUAACAUGGAUUUUGCAUAACAUGGAUUUUGCAUAAACUGGACCAGAUGAUCAAGGUGUGCAAGAUGAGGUGUAAAAGCCUUAUUAUUUGUAAUUAAUCUCAAGCUCCAAAAUAUGAGGUAUCCAAGAAAUGUAGGAACAUUCAUGUACAGUACAUUCCAAUAUUCAACCACAGUGAAAUGCCUGAAUAUGGAGUGUAACAGUAAAAGAUUCAUCAAGAACAAAUGUGUUUGAGAAGAAACACACUAAAUAAGUUUGUCUUGCUUAAUAAGAAGAGUAAAAUAAUUUUGUUUUAUUUGUAAAUAGUUUUAUUUUGGUUUUAUCAAGACAAGCUUUAAGUCAUACAAAGAAUGGUUGGACAAAGAAAUAAAUAAUUACAUCAUCUGCAUAAAAGUGGACAUUUGCACAUGGAAAAUCUUACAUUCCUAUAAAAACAAUGGUCCAGUGACUGAUCCUUGGGGCACACCAUUUAAGACAAUUUGAUGUGAGGCUGUCAGCUUUAACACAUUUUCUGUUAGAUAAUUAUCAAACCAAUAAAUAAAUGUUUUUGGUGACCUAAUACUAAUUACUGCAUCUAAUUACAUGAUCUGCACCUUUAUCAAUCAAUAAAUCUCACUAAAUAUUUUCGCCAAUCCAAUACAACUACAGUGUUAAUAACCCUGGCUGUUCAUGCAAUACUGUUUUUUUUCCCCCCCAUUUUUGUUCUGAACAUUAUUGGUAAAACCUUUAAAUGUCUCAGCUGCUGAAGCUUAGUAUGGUUUAUAAAGCACUGUAUGUUUGCCAGUGUCUAAGAGCGGGAGACCAUUUCAGACAAAAUGACAGCCCUGCAGGUAACCGUGAGCCAGCCUGAAUUAAACAGGGAAGAAGAAAGAAAUAUUGAAAUGUCAAAGAAUACAAAUUUUAAACUACUCUGCCAUUUUUUUGUUAUUUCACUGAAAACUAUGCGACUGCAACAACUGGCUUUGGAUUCUGCAAGUUUUCAAGUUCAUCCGAUAUUUGAAAACUUUAUGAAGUAAUUUGAACUGAGGGAAGGGUCACCUUAUUCAUAUCCCAAACAAAGAAUCUAAUUUGGUAUUAAUUUCCUGAGUCUAUACAGAACAGCUGUGAGUACCUUGGUUAACCGCCAAUGGCCAGACUGAUUGUCUUUAAUGCACGCUGUAGCCUAGAAACUAGGUUACCGGCUGAAUAAUUAAAGGCAUUGACUUUUUCAGUAAAAAGUUGUAGAAUGAAGAAGAAAAUUUUGCCUUCGAGAACAUAAACAAAUAAAAAAAUCUCUAUAGGGGACCUAAGGACAUGUUAAUAGUGAUUUUACUCAAGUGACACUUCAACUGAUAACAUCUCACAGACUGUACUGUAAUUAACCACAGAUGAUUAUAGUAGUAUAUCAGUAUUUGAAAAGUCACCGCCUGUUAAACCAGCACAUGCCUUGCUGAGAAAAGGACUAACACAGGGUGCCAAAAUAGCUUUAAUGGUUAAAUAACUAAAACACACGCGUACAAAGAAACACACAAGACACGCACAACAAAAUCUAAUCUACCCUCAGGCUGCUUCCAGUUGUGUGUUAGACAGAGGUGGUGAAUAGUAUGAACUGCUGUGACAUCAAGCUGUUAAUCACACUCUUGUCCUUGCAGCGAAAGAGAAGUGGUGCAACACUCAAGGCAUCAAACUGUGUUGAAACCGUCCUAUUUAUGUCACUGGAUGAGGUUGCUUGUACCUUAGAAAAUCUUUAAUGCCAUUAUGCUGUGACGGUGUCUUUCAUCCCUGCCUCUCUCUUUACUUUCGUCUACCUCUCUUUCUCAGUUUUGCACCGUGUUACUGGAGGGUGUGUGUACUAAAUUAUGUGCUUUUGGUGUUUCAUUAAAAAAAGCAAAAGUG